CAGUUUACGCAGGUACGCGCAGCAGUGGAAACGGAAACACGGAAAUUGGACGUUCUUUUUGAAAAGAGUCUUUUCUGACAACAUGAACUUUGUAUUAGCUAUUACAAUUAAAAAUAACAACAGAAAAGGUGGCCUGAUGCACAAGCGGGGAUUUUAAAAGCAACCAAAUAGUGGUAACUGGUUAAUACUUCAAUGUGUGCGAUAAUUUAACCAACCGGAUUUCAGUUCAGUACACGUAGCUAACUAGCUCAGGAUGCCAGCCCGCAGCAGUGUGACAAGUGGGAUCCCCAGCAGUAAAGUGAAGUACUCCAAGCUAGCGGACAGUGAUGACGGGUACAUAGACUUGCAGUUUAAAAAGAGCCCACCCAAAGUUCCAUAUAAGGCUAUUGCGCUGGCUGCAGUCCUUUUCCUGAUUGGCUCCUUGCUGAUCGUCAUAGGAGCACUUCUUCUAACGGGAUAUAUUGAAGUUUCGCAUCCAGAUCGCACUGUGCCUGUUCUUAUAAUUGGAGUCCUCGUUUUCCUUCCUGGAUUCUAUCACCUGCGGAUCGCCUACUAUGCAUCAAAGGGUUACCGUGGUUACUCCUACGAUGACAUCCCAGACUUUGACGAUUGAGCCAAUCGCAGACCGAGUUGAUAGUGCUCCAAGCCAUGAUGAAUGAGGUCUUGGUUUCCUUUGUCACUUGAUAGUGCAUGAAAUACAUGAAGUUUUUUCAUUUUAAGAUUGCCUUCAGAAAUUUGAGGUUUUACUCAAAGCACCAUAACACUGAAGUGUAUGAUUUAAAAAAAUGAAUAUGCAGUAGCAUUCAUAGUAUUUCAUGUAGAGGCAGCCAUUUUCUUGCUUGUAACCUUCCAACUCAGACACAAAUAGUUCAUUUGGUUCUAUGUGAUUCAUUUCGCAUUCAGGAUUAUAAACAAAUGAGAGUAAUGUGUUCUCGUAUAAUUGCUUGAGAGAGUUGAAAAUAUUGAUUUUACAUUGAUUAAAAACACACCACAGAAAAGCAUUUUAAAAUUUCUUUGUAUUUUUGAACAUGUUUCUACUUAGAUAUAGUACUUACUGUACAUUAAACGGAGUAGAACAUACAAAAUGCACUCUGGGACAGUAAAGGAUUUGUGCAGAAACCUGGGUAAAGCCUGGUGCCACCUGCUCUCUGUUUUUCUCAUGAAAUAUCACCUGUGCAUCUAAGACAGUUCCAUACUGGAGUGUCUUAUGUGGUUAAUGAAAAUCUGGUGAAGGAGCACACAUUGGCCCCCCAACAGUAAAGAGAAAAGAGCUUUAAGGUGAUCCUUUCUGCACCUUCUUAGUCAAAUUCACUGCAUUCUCCCUUAGGUUUUAAAACACCAGUGUAUAUUGUGAGGUGGCUUGAAUAAGUUAAAUACAUGUGCAGUUUUUAGUUUUGUGUACAGUCAGUCUCAUGAGUUGUCCUGGUAUCCCACUGUGAUACAGGGCUGUUGACUGUAAUGCUUCUGCUGUAUAUUAACUGAGCUACUUUAAUAGAAGAUAGAUAGACUUUAAUUUAAAGAUCUUGGUAUGUUUCAGGAUAGGUGAUUCAAGGGUCCUUUACAAGUACUCUCCAUGUAUACGCAGCAAAUUUCCUUAUGUGGCUGUAGACCAUGCAUGUUGUUGUUUGCUGCAAUUUGUUUUAAAUUUUUUAUUUUGUUGUAGUGAAGUCAUGAAACUUAAUAUUUAUAAAUUAAAUAAUUAGGUUUAAUUAGACCAAGCGGUCAAUGUUUUUCCUGUAUUUGCUAUUUUUGUAACAUUCCAUAAACAUGGUUUCGAAGACCCUGCUUCAUCUUGUACGGAUUAUUAAAUAUUAAAGUACAGAAAAGGACUAUAGACUUAAUAUGAAAAAUAAAUCUUUUAAAAAGUGUACAUAUACCAUUAGUCUAACCAAACUGCGACUGUGGUGUAGGCUUUAUAGAAUUAUUGCAGGCUGGUGCAUGAAGGAAUUUCUUGUUUACUUUAAUUGAAAAUAGAAAGUGCAUUUUAUGUUCAGGCUGCUGUUGCCAUUGCAGUACUAAGCUGUCUGUAUCUCAGGGCCUCCAGAAGGCUCACAAGUACCAUUGGAUUGCUGUCUGCUCUGUGACAUUCAACAAUAAAAACAAGUUGAAUAGACUAA